GAAAAAAAUGUCAGGACAUAGAGGAGAGAAGUUAUUGUUACAAUAGACUCAGUCAGACCAGUGUGACAGAACUCCUUUUUUUUUUUCGUUAAAGUGUGAUUAUUGCCUUUUACGCGCUGAUUUUAGACCGUCAAAAUGCUUAACCCACGACGUAACGGUUUGAAAUCGAGACACUCGAACGGCUUUCAAAUCAAUGACCAUUACGGAAUUUCUAGGAACAUUUUGAUCUAAAAGAAAACUUUUAGGAAUCAUAAUAUGCCUGUUGUAGUUCAGAACGUAUUUUCUCAUGGUGCACACUUGAAGAAACAGUCCAAUAUAUGUUUCAUUAGUUGAUAUAUUGUGGAGGGGCCCGCAUCACGGAAGUUCUUUUUGUUUUCUACGAAGUAACUAUGGAGAAUAACACUAUCGAAGUAUGACGUCAUAGCUGCUUACGAUCGUGAUCAUGCGCAUUAUUCCCAAGGGAGUGAGAAUGAGUUGAGAUUUCGAAUUUUGAAAAAUUAUAUAUCUUUCACCGCCAUUCCUUCAGACUUAGAAACUGCAGUCUUCUUAAGAUCAACAUAGAACCUUAUAUAUUGACAGGACCUUUGAUAUUGCGCCUUCUCGUGCGGGAACCUCGCGGUUACGAACCAUGGCAGCUUCACAAGUUUGUUUUGCUUCUCUCAUACUCCUCACAAGUUAUGUUGUGGCAUAUCGACGGCCGCUGGGAGAUUUUAUAAACCACUACGAGACUUUAAAUUAUGACACGGCUCCAGUUGUCCAGCAACACGGUCGAGUGAGGCGUUCAAGUCCAAACAGCGAUCAUGUGGUUGAAUUACACUUAAAAACUAAACAGAGAGAUUUUAAGCUUCGUCUCAGAAGGGAUACAGAACUUUUUACAGAUGACUUUAGUGCAGAUGCUUACUUUGAUCCUGCUAAAGUGGUUGCAGGGGAUGUAGAAGGACACAAGAAAUCUCUUGUUCAUGGUUUUAUUUCUGAUGAUGGCGUCUUCGAGGGUAAAAUUCAUGUAGGAGAUGACGAGUAUUUUGUGGAGUCCGCCAAGGAAUAUUUCAAGGAUGAGCCCAAUGACUUCCACUCGGUUAUUUAUAAAAGCAGAGAUGUGAAUUAUCCUCAUGCCUAUGGUCCAGGUUGUGGAGUAUCAGAGAAAACCAAGAAGUGGAUGGAUAAAGUUAAAAGGUCAGCAGUGACAGGGAAGGUGGCAGUCAAGGAGGAUCACACCCAAUAUGAACCAGUCCUAUACAGAUAUCGCAGGGCAGCAGGAGACAUUGAUCCCAAAAAGUUGUCUUGUACUUUGAAGAUGCAAGCCGAUCAUUUGUUCACAGAAAACAUGGCUGGUGGAAAUAAGGAGAGAGCAAUGUUACUGAUGGCAGAACAUGUCAAGGCUGCAAAUUCUAUUUUCAAAAACACAGACUUCAGUGAUGAUAAUAAAGCUGACGGCAUUGAAUUUCAAAUCCAGAGAAUGUUUGCCAAUGGGACUGCUGAAGCAAAUGAUGGAGGGAACCCUUACAGAGAUAGCAACAUUGGAGUGGAAAAGCUCCUUGAGCUGAACUCUGAGGAGAACCAUGAUGAUGUAUGCCUGUCAUACAUUUUUACCUACAGAGAUUUUGCAGAUGGUGUGUUAGGACUUGCAUGGGUUGGUGAAGCAGGUGGAGCUGCAGGGGGGAUUUGUGAAAAGGCUACUUCAUUUAGAGAUGGCAAAACAAAAAGUUUGAACACUGGAGUUGUCACAUUUGUCAAUUAUAACAAGAAAGUGUUACGAAAAGUCUCUGAGAUCACCUUUGCACAUGAAGCUGGCCAUAACUUUGGCUCACCACACGACAGUACUCCUGAAUGUGCCCCAGGAGGAUCUGAUGGGAAUUACAUCAUGUUUGCAAGAGCUACAAGUGGAGACCAAAAGAACAACAGACUUUUUUCACCAUGUAGCAGGACAAAAAUGAACGAGGUGAUGAAUGUCAAGGGGCGAUGUACUGAAAAUUCCUGUUGCUUUGGAGAGGCUCAGGGAGCCAUCUGUGGCAACAAGGUUACAGAAGAUGGGGAGGAGUGUGACUGUGGUUAUAAAACUGAUGAUUCAUGUAAGAAGGACACAUGUUGUUUGGGUCGUGACACUCAAAGCAAAGGAAGUGGCUGUAAGCGAAGGAAAAAUGCAACAUGCAGCCCAAGUGAAGGUCUUUGCUGCAGUUACAAUUGCACUCCACACAAACAAACUGUGUUGUGUCUUAAUGAGACAGAGUGUGCCAACCGUUCCUAUUGCAAUGGAAUUAAUGCUACCUGUCCUGCUCCGGACCCUAAAGCGAAUCUCACCUUGUGUAACAACGAAAGACAAGUUUGCCUUCAGGGAGAAUGCAGCGGUUCAAUUUGCUUAAAGUUCAACAAGUUGGAGUGCCAGUGUACACAAGAAGAUCAUCUCUGUGAUUUGUGCUGCAAAGACGGUGAAAAAGGCACAUGCUUGCCGGCCAGUGAGAUUGAAGAAAUGAAGAAGGGAAAAAAUCUGAAACAAUUUCCCGGCGCGCCGUGCAAUGACUUCAAUGGUUACUGUGAUGUUUUCCUUAAGUGCCGCGCGGUGGACGCAGACGGGCCUUUGUCACGUCUAAAGAACAAGUUCUUCAGCAAGGAGGCCAUCAAGGGAUACUUAGAUUGGAUCAAAGAGUAUUGGUGGGCGGUGGUGCUUAUGGGUGUAGGUCUCAUUCUUCUCAUGGCAGGCUUCAUCAAGGUUUGCAGCGUUCACACGCCGAGCAGUAACCCGAACCGAAAGCCACAUCGUCAGCUCACACUCCGCCGUCAACAACAACGUAACCGACCUAACCAGAGAGGUCGACAGAUGGAGCCAGGCAACCGAGGAAACCCCCGGCAUGGAUACAACGGAUACGAGGAUCCGCCACCGUACCCCGGGGCCCCCAUCCAAAUGCAUGGUCGUUGACGCGAUUUUUCAGGUGGCUGGUUUAGUAUUAGCUAAUUUGAUAACUAUUUGUACACUUUAAAAAUGGGCCUUUGUAUUUUUGUUGUUCAGUUGAAGUUCAAUGUUUGCUCGAGCUUAACCCUUUAACUCCCAAGAUCUGCUUGUCAAUUCUCCCCUCUAGCUGCCAUACAUUUCUUUGUAAAUUAGUUAUGAGAACUUGGUGCUAGAUCAAGAUGGCAGCUUCCACCUGAUAAGUUUGAAUAUUCUCAUAAACUGUUUGCCGAAGAAUGUAAGGAUAUUUUAGGGAGAAGUUUCAUGCUAAUCACUUGUGGGAGUUAAAGGGUUAAGUAAAGGUUAGUCCUGUUCACCCCUUUUGAAAUGUCACGCAAUCCCAAUUCGUCACGUUGCUGCAUGAUUGCUUAAGUCACACACUGAGAAGGAUUCACCUAAAUUUUUUUUUUGUUUUUUCUUUUGUGAGCUUGAAUAAUAAUGACAACAAUCGCUACAACGUUCAUGUUCACCGGCAUCGAUAUCGAAUAUUCGUGAAGAGACAUAUUUGCAUGUCUUUGCAUCUUGAAGGUUUUGAUGUAUUUUCCUUGAUUAUUAUUAAAUAUGUCUUUUUCAUUUCAUAGAAAGUCUGCAAAAAAAAUUGUCUUUCCUGAGACCUAGGGAAAGUUAUCUAUAUCAAAGAAUUGGAAAGUAGAGAAAAAUUAGUCUUAAAAGAAUUUCGGAAAAAACAGAAGAUUAUAUGACCGUUUUAGCUUGAGGUCGAAAAAUAUACUAGGCAUGUGCGAUGCGAGCUCCAUCGCAAUCAGGUGAGCUUUGAGGUGUGUGGUGUACUUGUUCACUUGUAGCUUUUCUUAGUUAACCCUUUCACUCCCAUGAGUAAUCAAGACAGAAUUUCUCCUUACGGUAUCAACACAAUGUCAAACAGACUAGUGAGGAGAAUAAGAAAAACAUCAGUUAGGGGAUUAUUGGUUGAUCUAAGACUAAAUUCCCUGAACCAACAUUAUGAGAAGGGUAUGGCCGACAGUGAGGAGAAUUACUCAUGAGAUCUUGGGAGUGAAAUGGUUAAUGUACUGUAGGUGUGAAUCCCUUAGCCAUUGUUGUAUUGUUAAUUGUGGGAUGGGAGGGUGAUCACUUCCAUAACAUAGGAAUUUAUUUUGAUGUACAGGUCGGGAUAUCGCUUUUUUUACGCGUGCAUAUUUUGUAGUUAGGGGCAUUUCAGAGAUUUGUUUAAUUUAAUUGUUGUUCAUUGUAUCAAAAAAAAAUACAUGCUACCCUGUUAGUUGACAGAAUGCAAGGCCAACAGCAUUUUUUACAAGAUAGUUUUCAAUGUUUAAAAAAAGUAAGGUCACGGAUAUUUGUGAACUAUCGCCACUUUAGUAGCCGUCAUUUAAUAUUGAUGAGAAGUUUGAUUUAGGCAGUAUCAGAUAUUUCUAUAUAAAUUUACUAUUUUGACCGGGUUUUUUUGACUUACGAAUGUUGGAAAUGUCUGAGAUCCGAUCUUGGUUUAGUUAAACAACAUUCCUGAGCGAAAUUGUGGCAAUCUCAACUCUUUUAGGGACAUUUACAAGUCGUUCAGCACGGUUAGAAUUAUUUAAUCCAUUCAAAUACUGCCCCUAAAAGAAGUUAAGCGCUGACUAGUCUCAAUCGCAUCGCUCCUAGAUAUUAUUCACAAAUAUAAAAUGUUUCUUCGAAUUUUA